AUGCUGAGCUGUGCCGCAGGAGAUUUCGUCGAAUACUGGGCCUCGCCAUUCCGAGUGUGGGCUGGUAAUAUUGGCGUUUUUGCUUCUGAUCAUGCAUCUCUUAACUACAGACUACGAGAAGCCAGCGAAGUCAAGCAGGGCAUUGUGUCCUUGCUCCAGUCGCUCGACUCCGAUCUUGUGGAAGUAUCGCUCCUUCUCAAGGAGAACCGAGAAUACACAGAUAACGCUGUAGAAGAAUCCGACCUGGAUGGAGGGGACGACUCGGCCAGCGAGAUAGAACACCUGACAGGUUUUGAGAUUACAUGCUUGGAAAUACAGAAUCAUCUCGAAAACAUUUCCGAUCUUAUCACCAAGCUUAUCCAUCUCGCUCGCGUUAUUCGACUUUCUGGAAUACAAAGUCGUGGCACCAAAGCUGCAAAUUACGUGCAUUAUGACGAGGAUGGAAUCAAUCAAACUAAAAUAUUUGAGGAAACAUACUUGCCGCUUGUUCUUCGUAACAUUGAGGAGUCUGCUAGUAUUCUGCCGACCGUCGAGAAUGCAAAGGCAGAGGAACCUUCUCCGAACAAUGUCAUUGCCGACCGCAAGUCGGCUCGAAGUGGCAUGACCGCACCAACUCUCGCAACGACAUUCCAAAUGAACGAUUCUAAAAAGGCAGUCCUGCUCGACAACCGUGGCACCCACGACGAAACUUGCUCUGAACACUAUAGACUUUCCCCCACCACCCUCUGUUUCGGACAGGGCGACACAUUUCGAAUGCCCAUACUGCUGUCUCCUGUCCUCGAGACUUGGGAUGAUUGGGUGGAACACCAUAGAUGGAUCCAUUCUACGGAGUGGUGGUGCGAGGGAAUGGGACCAGGUCACCCUCCGUCUAAAUAUACGACAUCACUUGAGUACAGGGACCAUCUAGUGAGCACUCACAUGUCAAACCUCUCCUUGCGCGACGUCGACCGAAUGGUCAAAGGAGGCGGAGGCCCAUCCCAGGAACCAUUCAAGAAUUGCCCUUUCUGUGACUUUGAGCCGCGUAGUGCCGGGCCUGCGCACGCAAGCGGCACGGUGGAACCCACGAGGGCUGAGCAAAGCAGACUACAGAGCCAUAUUUUCGGACAUUUGCUUUCCAUAUUUAUGCUUGCCUUGCCGGGCAGAGAGGAUAUUGGAGAUUCAAUCCUGGAAGAAGAGCAGUCAUCCCUGCCCAGGAGCAGUGUUGCUGCUGACGGUCGGAGCCACAUAUCAGUUCGAUCCCACCUGUCUGACUUCAAGACAUCAGAACAAAGCUCGCAGGCCUCGGAGAAACCACAACCAACAUGGGCGGCUCAAUUUCCUCUCGCUCUCGACGCCCUCGACGAAGCCCCUCCAACCACUGUCAAGGGCGUGCUUGCCUCAGGUUAUGGCAGCAUCAGCAACCUCACUGAGCUCGAGGAUGACCCUCAAGCCAACCUAGCCCCAGAAUCAGAGCAGGAAGACAAGCACAAGAACAACCCAGAUGCUUUCCAGCCCAGAAUAGCCACGCCCGAUCAACCCACCGCACCACGUGCACACCACAUCCCAGACGAUCAAUGGGCCAAAAAGGACCAAUUUGAUGUUCAAAUGAGCAAAGUCUGGGAAUUGCGGGUCCAGUCGAGAGGUUCAGCAGCCCAGAACUUGUACAAUGGCCCGAAGAAUGAUGCCGACACCGCCAUCUAUGAUUCUUUUGGUGAGGUUGACUGGGACGACGCUAGCCUUGCUCCCUACAAGGAACCUCUGCGGACGUAUGAGCAAGAGAGCUCCCGUGCUUCAGUGCAAUCGCUGCAUCCCUUAAAGCGUCAUCAUUCGCGAGAAGCCUUUGCUCUUGGUGUGGUCUUUACCAUCAUUGAUGAGGUGGAUCUCAAUGAUGGCAGGUACAAAUGCAACGUGUGGUUGGUGGUUUCAGCCGAAGAAGAUCACUUCUUCUGUGUUCGUAUCAAGACAUACGGCCGCCGAGGUAUUGUACACUUGGCCGGGGGUUCGAGGCAGUGCGACAUAGACGCUCACGCAGUCGUACACGUGCGUGGUGAAAAGCCCUUUGUGUCUGAGGAUGAAUCCACGAUGAGAAAAGCGCCCCUGGCGGUAGUUCUCGACCCUGAAAUAGACAACGGUACACUCAGUCCAUGGAGUCGUGCUUGCUUCGUGGCAAACACGCGCAUGGCUUAUGACAUCGAGGCGGCGAUCAUAGGAAGGCUGGAUUGUUUCUCUGUUGCUCUGCUGGAGAUAUACGGGAACGAGCUGAACGGUGGCAGCAACAGCCAGGCUUGA